CGACGCGCAGCCGCAGCGCGAGCCUCAAUUACCGGACCAAACUCCGGUACCCGAUCUUCCUAUACCCGCCGUCCAUGGCAGCUUUAUGCCCUCCAUGGACGGUCGAUCGUUUAGUUUGCACGCGCUGUACAUCGCUUGAGGAGUAGGAUUAUUAUUGCUGUGUUCGCGGUCACCGUCACCACCGGCGGUGUCCUCUCCUCGCCUCCUCCCUCCUCUCUUGUCCCUCUCCUAUCUCAAAUCCCCGUGCCCCAAACUUCCCUUUUUGUGUGCCCUAAACUAGCGAGUAUGGCCACUUUCCAACUCGCGAGAUCCGGCUUCUCGCCGCCCGCCCUGCGGCGGCCCUCGGGUCUGCUUGGCCCCGUCCGCAUCCGCUGCCGCCUCCCGGAGGACAAUGGCGGCGAACCCGACGGUUCAGGGUGGGAGGAGCCGCCGGAGUCGCUGUUCAUGAAGGAGCUGAGGCGGCGGGGGAUGACCCCGACGUCCCUAUUGGAGGACGGCGAAAGGGGGGCGCUUGGACGGGGCCAGAGGGAGAUGGAAGCCAAGGAAGAUAGCGGCAACGGCGGCCGUGGCCGCAGGGAGCGGGGGAGCAGGAACGGGGUGGCCUCGGUGGAGCUCGAGAAGGGGAUGACGAGGCCGAGGGAGCGGUUCAUGUCGGUGAACAGCGAGGGAUUCGAGGGUUUACUUCCACGGGCAAAACUGCUCCUCACAAUUGGUGGAACAUUCUUUCUGGGGUUUUGGCCUUUGAUCCUGGUUACUGCUGGUGUUUUCGCAGCUCUGCAUACAUGUUUUGGCCCGAGUUUUGUGCAUGAUGCAAGCAAGUUGGCAGCUUCACGGCCUCCAUAUAUCGAUCCGUAUUCAUUCCUCGAAGAUGAGAAACUGCCGCACGCAGCAAACUAAGUGUUCCGAUGUUGAAGUCGUAUGCCAAAAACGAGUUUGUCUGCUAUGCCUGUAAACUUGUACUCAAUAUCUUGCCAUGGCAAUUCGUAGUA